AUGACCGACGCCAAGUAUGUCCUCUGCAGAUGGGAAAAGCGAUUAUGGCCUGCAAAGGUUUUGGCCAGAACGGAGGUGGCAACAAAAACUAAGAGGAAAAAGGAAUUUUUUCUAAGUGUUCAAAUACUCUCCCUAGAUGAAAAGAUUAAGGUGAGGAGCACGGAAGUGGAGGCCUUGAAGACGGCUCACAUCGAACGAAUCGCUUCCACGUUGGCCUCCCAGAAUGAGGUUCCUGCUGAACCCCUAGAGGAGCUGGCCUACAGACGCUCGCUUCGAGUGGCCCUGGACGUUUUGAACGAGAGCACAGGUCUGCCUCGAGAAAGCCCUUCUAGAGAAGAAAGAACCGCUCUGUGUUCACGAGAGAAGCCCAUGGAACUGGCCUCCUUGCUCUGUGACCCUGCCUCUUCCUGCGUCCAGGAGGCUGUCCCGGGCACAUCUGGACCCGAGAGGAGGGAACGUGUCCACCCGAGGCUGUCAGGUUCCCCCACUUGUCAAAAGGACCCCAGGUGCAAGGUGGACCACAAGAAGGAGCUCAGGAAAAGCGCAAGCCCGCAAGCCUUGGUAGUCCCACCAGCCGGAGGUGGUUCUCAGGAUGGUCAUGGGUCGAGAACGUGCUGUGCAAGUCGGACAACCCCUCGUAAAAGGGGAAGAAGUGUAGCUCCGGAGCCCGCCGUGGGUCAGAGCGCACCUUCCGUCUCGGAGGGAGACGAUGAAGAAAGCCGCCUGCCAGCCCCCGGCUCACCUCCCACAGUGAAGGAGGAGGGUCUCCAGGCCAAAGGACGAGACGCCAGCUUACCUUUGCCUGGCCCCACCGGGCCCCCAGCCCCAGGGCCCCCAGCCUGCCCGGAUGCCCAAGGCCUCCCUGCCAAGCGGCCUCGCCCCGAUAGUGGCCAGAGGCCACCCGCGGCGCGGCUGGAGCCGGGGGCAGUGGCGUCCCCCAGGCAGGGGCCCGGGAAAUGCAGGGCUCUGCCCGGCGCUGCCAGACUCCACCUGCCUGCCCCCCGGGCGUCCACGGAGGAGACGGGAGAUCUUCGAGUCCUCGUGGAGGAAGCUAAAGCCCGUCCGACUUCGGGAGAGUCCGUGGAGCGUGCGCCCGUCCGUUCCGUUCUGGAGGAGGAGGAGGACGAAGAGGAGCCCCCCCGCAUCCUGUUGUACCACGAACCACGCUCCUUUGAAGUAGGAAUGCUGGUCUGGCUGAAACACCAGAAGUACCCCUUCUGGCCAGCAGUGGUCAAGAGCGUCCGGCGAAGGGAGAAGAAAGCCAGCGUGCUCUUCAUUGAGGGCCACAUGGACCCGAAAGGGAGAGGAGAUGCUGGUCCCCGUGCGGGGACGGCUGUGGUUCCCGCUGAGGGGGCUCCAGCCACCCAGCAGGUGGGGCCUGGGAUGCUGCUGAACCCCACAGUGCCCGGGACACCCCCGAGAGCCAUCAUCUGUGCGAUCGCUGCGGUGGACGCCGUGGAUUACGAGACGGCUGAGGCGAAGUACCUCCGAGGACCUUCGCUCAGCUACCGGGAAAAAGAAAUGUUUGAUAACCAGCUCCUGGAAGAAAGGAGUCAGCGGUGCUGACGCUGGAGGGGCUGCUGCGCGGGUCCUGUGGCCGGUGGGUCC